AUGUCUGAUAAAGAAAGAAAUUGUUUGGAAUAUGCUUUGAAAAACCUUAAUCAACGCAGCUUUAAAUCAUUUAAAAGCAAACUGAGAUCAUGUGAGUUACCUCCAGCAUGCAGAUAUAUUCCUCGGAGCGAGCUUGAGAGUCUAAACCAUGAAGACACAACGGAUUACAUUAUCAGAUACUACACUAAAAAACAUGCCCCAAAUAUCAUCACUCGUGUGCUGGAAGAGAUUAACGAGAGACAGGCCAGCAUAGACCUUCAGGAGGAGUUGAAGAAAGGUGAGACACACACUUUAUUCUCUGUAAUAUUGCAGUAUACCUGUCGGGAAUAGUCUGGAGGAACCGCCACUGACGUAACAAUACAGGUUCCUUUCCCUAAGCGUUUGGUUAUAUUUUGUACUUUGGUCACUGAGACAAGAUAACUGUAAUAAGGCUGCAAAAGACACUUAUAAAACAAGCUGGAAAAAACAUAAUGAAACUCCUGAACACGGAAGAUAUGAGAUAGUAAUAAACACCAAGGAUGACUAAACCUGAGAAGGUCAAGGGUUGGUCAACUAAGAAUAGGUGCCCAGAACUGAGGAAACUAAAUUGAUGUAUUUACCCGACAUAAGGGCAAACACUCUCUGCAAAAGGAUGAGUCCCAGCAUUGAUUAGAUACAGCCAGUUCCAGAAAGUUAAAUAGGUGCUAAGUGGCCCGAAACUAAAACAAAGUGUAGCGGAGAUCCCUGUACCCUGGCUGGGUAUCUCCUCCAAGGAUUGCUUCCUAGCUGGAACAGGGGAAAACCUCAGCGCUUCUGCCCCUGUGGCUGGACUAGGGUCCUCCUGGAGCCUCUCCGUCCUGGAACCGGAUAGGGGACUAGCUAUAUUCACCCUCGGACUGGACGACACACAGUCCUGGGAGCUGUAGUCCUUACAGGAGCUUUCCCCACUGAAUCCUCCACGAGCUUGAACAAGGUGCUGAGUAGUGAUUAGUGACAGGCAACAGAGGGUUGUAGUUAAUGGAAUAUAUUCGAAGCUUGGACUUGUCACCAGUGGGGUACCUCAGGGAUCUGUACUUGGACCCAUUCUCUUUAAUAUUUUUAUUAGUGAUAUUGCAGAAGGUCUUGAUGGUAAGGUAUGUCUUUUUGCUGGUCACAGUUGUGGCAACUGACAUUUAAUGUGGAUAAGUGCAAGAUAAUGCAUCUUGGACGUAAAAACCCAAGGGCAGAGUACAGAAUAUUUGAUAGAGUCCUAACCUCAACAUAUGAGGAAAGGGAUUUAGGGGUGAUUAUUUCUGAUGACUUAAAGGUAGGCAGACAAUGUAAUAGAGCAGCAGGAAAUGCUAGCAGAAUGCUUGGUUGUAUAGGGAGAGGUAUUAGCAGUAGAAAGAGGGAAGUGCUCAUGCCAUUGUACAGAACACUGGUGAGACCUCACUUGGAGUAUUGAACACAGUACUGGAGACCGUAUCUUCAGAAGGAUAUUGAUACCUUAGAGAGGGUUCAGAGAAGGGCUACUAAACUGGUUCAUGGAUUGCGGGAUAAAACUUACCAGGAAAGGUUAAAGGAUCUUAACAUGUAUAGCUUGGAGGAAAGACGAGACAGGGGGGAUAUGAUAGAAACAUUUAAAUAUAUAAAGGGAAUCAACACAGUAAAGGAGGAGACUAUAUUUAAAAGAAGAAAAACUACCACAACAAGAGGACAUAGUCUUAAAUUAGAGGGACAAAGGUUUAAAAAUAAUAUCAGGAAGUAUUACUUUACUGAGAGGGUAGUGGAUGCAUGGAAUAGCCUUCCAGCUGAAGUGGUAGAGGUUAACACAGUAAAGGAGUUUAAGCAUGCGUGGGAUAGGCAUAAGGCUAUCCUAACUAUAAGAUAAGACUAGGGACUAAUGAAAGUAUUUAGAAAAUUGGGCAGACUAGAUGGGCCGAAUGGUUCUUAUCUGCCGUCACAUUCUAUGUUUCUAAGAUUCUCAUUGAAGAUAACAUGUUAUAUUGAUCUAUUAACAGUGAGAUCUAUCAGACCUGAUAAGGAAGAGAAGGAGACCCAGACACCAAUACAUCCAGGUUUGUUUCCACAUUACUAAAUAUCACUGAAAGCCUCCUCAGACCCUCUAAUCCUGUGUUUUGUUAAUGUAUACAAUGUGUAGAAAACUGUCAGUACAGGAAUACUCCAAGCACCAGAACAACUUUAGCUUAAAGGGACACUAUUGUCACCCAAAACAACCAAUAGCUUAAUGAAGCAGUUUUGGUGUAUAGAACAUGUCUCUGCCGUCUCAGUGCUCAAUCCUCUGCCAUUUAGGAGUUAAAUCACUUUGUUUCUGUUUAUGCAGCCCUAGUCACACCUCCCCUGGCUGUGACUUACAUAGCCUGCAUGAAAACAAAAUGGUUUCACUUUCAAUAAGAAGUAACUUACUUUAAAAGUUUUUAAAUCCUGCUCUGUAAAUUAAACUUUAAUCACACAGAGGAGGCUCCUGCAGGGUCUGGCAAGAUAUUAACAGAACAUGAGAUAAGAAAUUGUAAAUUAAACAGACGGUGCAAUAAAGGAAGUAUUAAUAUUAAAUCUCUCUUUACAGGAAGGGUUUAGGAAAGGUAAGUCACAUGCAGGGAGAUGUGACUUGGGCUGUAUAAACAAAGUGAUUUAACUCCUAAAUGGCAGAGAAUUGAGCAGUGAAACUGCAGGGGAAUGAUCUAUACACUAAAACUGCUUUAUUUAGCUAAAGUUAUUUUGGUGACUAAAGUGUCCCUUUAAUGAAGUUUAGUGAGCGGAGUGAGCCACUAUCUACUAGAGAAACUCCCCUAUCAUCACGAUAAUUGUCAUACUAUCGCUCUCUCUUCCAUCUAUCUCAACGUCACUAGUUAACCUGUAUGUUUGACAGGGCAUCAGUACAAAACAAACUAUAAUUGUAUUUUAUUCUAUUUAUUACUGACAUUUAUAAAGUGCCAAGAUUUUCCACAGCGCUUUACAAUUUGGGAUAACAAGUACAAUAUAGACAGACCAAUACAAAAGAUAAAGAGGGCCCUGACCAUGAGCUGACAUUGAGCCAUUGAAGUUCCUUUUGUACAAAGUCCCUAGUUAGUUAGCCCAUGAAAACAGGAAAAUCCCAGUCUGGUCUACUUCACCAGAGAGACAGCGCAAAAAACUAAAUCUAGCUUUAUUACAUCUAAGAUUAAAAUGGGAAACCCAAAGGAAUAUACAACAGUUAUAGCUCUAGGGAAGAAAGCGAAUAGAUAUCUAGUACAUAGUCCGAUUCUACUCUUGGGGUCCAAGUCUGGAACUGCAAGUGGACUCACCAUAUCAGAGGCUAAUGAAAAUAAGGCAUUGAUCUAUAGAUCAUACAUAGGUACAACGUGUCCAACAGCAGAGGUUGAAAAAUACCUCAAAAGGAUAUCUAUACUGUAGCGGAACCUGGGUAACCUGGCUGGUUAUCCUCUUUGGCUAAAGUAGGUCAGACCAAUUUCCCAAGUAACAGGACAGGACACAGUUCCAGGAUACAAUUUUUGACAAUGUUUAUUGGGCACACAGCUUUUUAUGCACGGGGGGGGUCUCCAUCCAGCCCAACACAAACCCACAUACAGGAGGGGGCUGGGGGGCUGAUAACCAUCUCCUGCUUUGGGAGAUACUAACAGGACACAGGGACACGCAUGAGUACAUUUCACAUACAGGGGGGUGACUUUGUGGCUUGGUGCCCUGGGACGGGGGGUACAGGGUUACAGUUUAUAUGGGGGGAUAGCCUUGGGCCCCAUCUGGGAUCCUUGCAAAAAGUGGGGUGAUCGGAUGUACAGAACCAGAGAUAUCAGCAUCGGAAGUCUGUGGCUCAAGGCUCUGUACAUCCCGAAAACAGUUCCAUUGUGUCGCUUGGUUUAUUCUGGUGAAUUCAAACUUCACACCUAAACCAAGCAACAACCAAUCAGCCGAACUGGAAGGAGUAAGGAGUUUCACCGCCCAAUCCAAAGAGAGGGCGCGAAACUCAGCUGCACCAAUCUGUGCUUGAGGAGGAAGGGGGUUUCGCGGCCCAAUCAGAAGAUAGGGCGCGAAACCCGAUGUCACCAAUCCGCUAAAAGACACGAAACGUAUUCGCGCCAAACAGUGCCCAGGGACAGGAGAGCCUCACUGUCCAAUCAGAUGGAAGAGCGCAAAACCCUGCUUGAAUGAGCGCACAUACUUGGAUUGGUCGCUCGCUCCCUGCGGCCACCAAUCAGUGCUUUGUUCGCGCCGGCCAAACAGGAGAGAUGCACGAACCCAGUUUGAGUGGGUGUUCCCUCUCCGAUUGGUAAUAUGAACCUGCGGCCACCCAGGAGCGACACGUGCCGCUCGUUCCCCCGCGGUCUGCAGCUUUUCGCAUCUCGUUAGCGAGGUGUGAACGUUCUAAUUGGAGCAUUGUGGUGGUCCAGCACCAUUCAGUAGACGAAUGCUCCCCGUGUUGGGCGUUCUGCAAUACGAAUCGGCGGCCACCCAGGGAAGCACACGCCGCUCGUUCCCUUGUGGUUUGUGGUUUUCACACCUCGUUAGCGAGGUGUGAACAUUCUAAGUAAACGUUCUAACGGAGGUGCUGGGGUGGUCUGGCGCAGAGGACAAUGUGCACCGGAGCGUCCCCGGUCGGCCAAAAGGUGUUGUGGUUUUACCGGCCAAAUUAUAGAGAAAGGAAAAGAAAAGAGGGGGAACACACAUUCUAAUAGGCACAUGCACACGCAAAAGAAACAAGGCAAUUCACAGUUUAGGCAAUCCCGCCACAUAUACUAAACUCUGUCCCUUGUUACCUUGGCACCGCAUGCAGCUAGUGCCUACCAACAAACCCUAGAACUAUACUGAAAAAACAAAUGAACUAAAAAGUGCUCCUAGUGCUACCCAAGUGUAUAGAAAGUGAAAAAUAAAGAAAAGGCCAGGGGAUACUAAUCCCCCUACAUAAACGCAGUGGAAGGAACCAAUCCCCUAAGUCCAAUUACUGUUCUGCCAAACAGAACCAGAAAAUGUCAAAAACGUAUACAGGGAGUGCAGAAUUAUUAGGUAAAUGAGUAUUUUGACCACAUCAUCCUCUUUAUGCAUGUUGUCUUACUCCAAGCUGUAUAGGCUCGAAAGCCUACUACCAAUUAAGCAUAUUAGGUGAUGUGCAUCUCUGUAAUGAGAAGGGGUGUGGUCUAAUGACAUCAACACCCUAUAUCAGGUGUGCAUAAUUAUUAGGCAACUUCCUUUCCUUUGGCAAAAUGGGUCAAAAGAAGGACUUGACAGGCUCAGAAAAGUCAAAAAUAGUGAGAUAUCUUGCAGAGGGAUGCAGCACUCUUAAAAUUGCAAAGCUUCUGAAGCGUGAUCAUCGAACAAUCAAGCGUUUCAUUCAAAAUAGUCAACAGGGUCGCAAGAAGCGUGUGGAAAAACCAAGGCGCAAAAUAACUGCCCAUGAACUGAGAAAAGUCAAGCGUGCAGCUGCCACGAUGCCACUUGCCACCAGUUUGGCCAUAUUUCAGAGCUGCAACAUCACUGGAGUGCCCAAAAGCACAAGGUGUGCAAUACUCAGAGACAUGGCCAAGGUAAGAAAGGCUGAAAGACGACCACCACUGAACAAGACACACAAGCUGAAACGUCAAGACUGGGCCAAGAAAUAUCUCAAGACUGAUUUUUCUAAGGUUUUAUGGACUGAUGAAAUGAGAGUGAGUCUUGAUGGGCCAGAUGGAUGGGCCCGUGGCUGGAUUGGUAAAGGGCAGAGAGCUCCAGUCCGACUCAGACGCCAGCAAGGUGGAGGUGGAGUACUGGUUUGGGCUGGUAUCAUUAAAGAUGAGCUUGUGGGGCCUGUUCGGGUUGAGGAUGGAGUCAAGCUCAACUCCCAGUCCUACUGCCAGUUCCUGGAAGACACCUUCUUCAAGCAGUGGUACAGGAAGAAGUCUGCAUCCUUCAAGAAAAACAUGAUUUUCAUGCAGGACAAUGCUCCAUCACACGCGUCCAAGUACUCCACAGCGUGGCUGGCAAGAAAGGGUAUAAAAGAAGGAAAUCUAAUGACAUGGCCUCCUUGUUCACCUGAUCUGAACCCCAUUGAGAACCUGUGGUCCAUCAUCAAAUGUGAGAUUUACAAGGAGGGAAAACAGUACACCUCUCUGAACAGUGUCUGGGAGGCUGUGGUUGCUGCUGCACGCAAUGUUGAUGGUGAACAGAUCAAAACACUGACAGAAUCCAUGGAUGGCAGGCUUUUGAGUGUCCUUGCAAAGAAAGGUGGCUAUAUUGGUCACUGAUUUGUUUUUGUUUUGUUUUUGAAUGUCAGAAAUGUAUAUUUGUGAAUGUUGAGAUGUUAUAUUGGUUUCACUGGUAAUAAUAAAUAAUUGAAAUGGGUAUAUAUUUGUUUUUUGUUAAGUUGCCUAAUAAUUAUGCACAGUAAUAGUCACCUGCACACACAGAUAUCCCCCUAACAUAGCUAAAACUAAAAACAAACUAAAAACUACUUCCAAAAAUAUUCAGCUUUGAUAUUAAUGAGUUUUUUGGGUUCAUUGAGAACAUGGUUGUUGUUCAAUAAUAAAAUUAAUCCUCAAAAAUACAACUUGCCUAAUAAUUCUGCACUCCCUGUAUAUCCUGUCUCUCCCUCUCAUUUACAUACAGUUUGCACCAUGAACGAUCCAAAUCCAUUGGCAGUCUAAAGUAUUAGAAAAGAAACAUUUUCAUUGUAAAAUGUAAUAAAAAUAAUAUGGUUACUUACACUUUCCCUUUCAUCUUCCCUUAUGUGUAAAAACAUAUUUUAAAAAUAUAUUAAAUGGUAUCUAUCUUUGGGGGAAUAUUCAAAGCAUCAGAAAAUAAUUAAAUAAAAAAUCCAUGCAUUCAGUUCUCUUAUAGGAAGUAGAAGAGGGUAAUAUCAGGAAGCCAGAGGCAUCAGCAUCAGUGAAUGGACUCCUCCAUAAAACUGCAUAGGUUUAGAGGAGACCCAGCUCUUCACAGAUCUCCUAGGGCUUCCUACACGCUUUAUUGACGGAUUCCCAUCUUGGACUCGAACACAUUGUUUAUUUCAUAGAAGUCCAUGGUGGAACCUCCAUGGUUGACCAAACUCAACCAAUCACGAUGAAGGGGAGGGCAGCCUGUUACCUUCAUGACACUGAUGUGUUUGUACUUUCACAGAUAACCAGUAUGUCUCUCCCAAAUGCCCCUGGCCACAAGCAGAGAGAGAUGAAUACCAGGUCUGCACUCCAGCACCAAUAGUACCACCAAAAGGAGAACCAGUAGGGACAGGGGACAGUGAUUCAGGUAAAUAUAUAAAAUAUUUAAUUUAAAAAAUGUUUAAAUCAAUCUCUGAGCCAUUUACAAAACCCAUAGCUGCCAUACAUUGGUCAGAUCGAUGUCACAGUUUUCCUUCCCACAAGGACAGAGGAGAUCUUUAUCUAGGCUUCCAGUCUCCUGUUGCUUGUUCUUCUUAAAUAAACUUCAAUCUACUUAAAGUGUUUAAUCUUUUCCCAACAAGACGCAAUACAAUACGUCAUGGGACAGGAGAACACUGAGAUCAAGGCCCUGUCGUCAUGAAGAUGCACUUCAACUUCUCAAGCAAUGGUGCCACAUCAUUAUGGUGACUGGUACUGCUACAUAAUGUGUGUAUAAUAACCAGAGUAACCCAAUAAUGUUUGUCUACACAGUCAGAGAACUGAGGUGCCCCUUAUCAAAUAUCAACAGCAUCGUGUACCAGUAACAAACAACUAAGUGAUACAUUCACACUUAUUUGAUGUAGUUCAAGUCAAGCAAAAGGGAAGAGCUUCAUUGUCCAUAACACUUCCAACCACUCUCCCUGAAUAAAAACGAGUCUCCUAACGGUUCCAUUCUUAGCUUAGUAUGGACCGAGGAAAGGAGGCAGCAUAGUCUAACUACAACCCCCUCCCACUUCUUCUUGAACAUACAAUAUAGCAGUAUGCUCCAAGAAGCCACGAUCAAACCGUUCCCUUAUUAGAUGUAAGUAACCCGUUAUAAAAACUAUUACUAUGUAUGUUAGUCCCAAACAAAUACAAGACAGAAAAGAAAAAUAGAUAUAUCCUGCAAUAGUACGUAACGUGAAACAUUAUGUCCAUACUUCUUCAUUAUUUAAUCUUCAAGAUGAAAGCUUAUUGUCCAUCCAAAGGAUUAAAAUCACUUCUUUUAUCCUCUAAGCCGUGUUGUGUAGGGUACAGUCAGCAUAAAUCCUGGUCCAUUCAAGCUGUUUGUCAUAUUCUGUCCAUUCCAUGUAGGGUAGCCAUGAACCAAGAGUGGAACUGCCUAUCUUUAUAUUCCUGAUCCAUCUGAUCUACACUCUGCACCUUCAAUGAGAUAUUAUUUGUAUCUACAAAUAGAACACAAAACAUUCAAUCUGAUUGGAUAGUAGGUAACACUUUGUAUACUUUUCCCAGGUCUCUCUAGUUAACGGUAACUAAAAACAUUGUGCAAAUAUUAAAAGAUGACUUUGUUUUCUUCCCCUAGAAUGUAGAGUGACCUUGAAUGAACUCCAGUCACAGCUGGGAAUGGGAGAUUAUAUGAACUCAAAACUCACACUAAAUGAUAUGCGAAGGAUUGGGAGAGACAGCAUGAAGGACAGUGAGCCUCAGGAUAUACAGGACCUUCCCUGGCAUUAUCUAAGGAAACUCAUGGCUCUUAACAAUUCUGCCAGGAGCACUCAUUUUAUCAAGUCUAAUUUGAGAUUACAGGGAAAUACCAAUAAAGACCAACUGUCUGAGAGUGUCAAUAUUAACACUGAAAAUGAUGGUCCAUGUUCUAUCUCUCUCCACCCCCUGGAUGUCCUGUGUGUUCUCCUGAAUUGUUCAGACCAUUUCUUACAACAGGAAAUUGUAACCAAGAUGUCCAUGUGCCAGUUUGCUGUCCCUCUGCUGCUCCCUACUGGUGAUGGAUCUAACUGCACCUUCAUGCUAUGGGCAAUGAGAGACAUUGUGAAGAGAUGGAGACCCCACUCAUUAGUAGACAGUAGAGGGUUUACAGAAGAAAAUGUAGUAAAUAUCACCAUGCCGACCUUCUCUUUUGUCAGACUGGGGAAAAACAAAUUAUCCAAAUCUAAAAUCCUGAAUCAGGUUCUCAGCUCAGCACAGCAUGAAUUUUUUGUACAUUAUGACAUGAAAGGGGGGAAUAUUGAGAGGAAAAUAUCAGAUGGACUAGUGGAAAUCUCCUGGUAUUUUCCUACCAGAAGUAAAUGUUGUGACAUAUUUCCAGUGCCGAUCGCAGUGACCAAUCUACGAGGAGACCUGGAGUCUAACUGGACACAGUUCAUCUUCUUAACCCGGGUCUCAUCAGCUGUGUUUAUAUUUACUGAGAGCAUUGGGGAGAGAGAAUUCAGAUUGUUAUCAAACUGUGAAAACAAAGACACAGAAUAUAAUUUCAUCAUCACUCCGAGUCCUGGCAAAGAUAUAACCACAGAGACAAUUCAGAUUCUGCAAAAACGUAUAUCUGUGUCCAAAAAUAUCUAUACAAUAAUAAAAAAGAAGACCGAUAAUGACACAAUACUGGUGGAGAAAAUUCAGUCUAGAAUCAGUUUUUUCAUAAACAACUCUCCCAAAAGGAUAACAAUAGAAAAUAUGGAGUCUAACGCUAGUAUACAGACUAAUGGACUUGGAAUCGGUGUAGAUGAACACCCUUUAGAAUGCAGUAAUGCCAGAGAGUAUGCUGGGAAAAUAACCAAAGGGAUACACUAUGUCCCUGAGUAUAAGAGGGAAGCAAUGUGUCUUCAGAGGGAUCUUUGGAAAAAAAUAUCUGAAAUAGAAAAAGAAAUUUGCAGAAUGAGACAAAGAGGAUCCAAAAAUACACAAGAAUAUCUUAAUCAGUUGAAACAUCAGCUCACUUCACUGCAGGAAAAGCAAUAUCGCCAUAACCCCCCCAAUAGCAUAUUGCUCUUCAUUACUUGUUUUGUUAAUUUUUCCCACAUCGAAAAACAUUACUUUUUGAAAUGGCUGAAAUGUGAUCUUGAUUCACUGGUUAGAAAUAAUCUUUUAGUCUUUACAGAGGAAUACAAUGAGAAAUACAAACACCCACAAAACAAUAUGGAAGAACUAAAAAAGCUAGCUCAGACAAUAUCUGACAGUUGUUUGGGAACUGAACAUUUCAUCCGUGAGAUGGUUCAGCUCUAUGAGGCUGAAUGUGCCAGGAUUAAUAAAACCCACAGGGCGUAUUCCAGACUCCCAGGAAUAGCUGCAGAUCUCCUGCUGGGUGGGUUCCCAUUGGAGUUGGUUGAUGGAGAUGCCUCUAACAUCCCUAUGCGGUGGAUAACUGAUGUCCUGACUGAGCUGGACACCAAGACUGGAGGACAAUGCAGAAUGAGAGUGAUCACUGUGCUGGGAGGUCUGGGUACAGGAAAAUCAACCCUACUGAAUACCAUGUUUGGUUUGCAGUUCCCAGUGGCCAGUGGACGUUGCACACGAGGGGCUUUCAUGACCCUUAUUAAAGUAAAAGAGAAUGUCCAGGAGGAGUUGGGAUGUGACUUUAUUCUGGCUAUUGAUACUGAAGGUCUUAAAGCUCUUGAAUUGGCUUCUCUGGAGGACAGUCAUGAACAUGACAAUGAGUUGGCAACGUUAGUGGUCGGGCUGAGUGAUAUCACCAUUAUUAACAUGGCCAUGGAGAACUCAGCAGAAACAAAGAACACCUUACAGAUUGUAGUUCAUGUGCUUAUGAGGAUGAAAGACAAAGGAAAGGAAUUAAAAUGCCUGUUUGUUCAUCAGAAAGUGAGCGAAGUGUCCUCUUAUGAGAAGAAUGUCAGAGAGCGGUUUUCGGAACAGCUGGAUGAAAUUACCAACAUUGCAGCAAAGAGAGAGAACAAAGAUGGGUUCACAAAAUUUAGUGAUGUGACGGACUACGCACCAGAGAAAGACAACUGGUAUAUUCCCAGCCGAUGGCAUGGAGUCCCACCAAUGGCUGCGGUAAAUACUGUUUACAGUGAAAGUGUUUCAGAUUUAAAACAGUAUUUACUUGAGAUAAUGAGAAUCCAUAUAUCUGCAAUCAGGUCCUUCAACAUUAAGGAAUUUAUCAUAUGGCUAAACAGUCUGUGGAAUGAAGUAAAGCAUGAGAAGUUUAUAUUCAGUUUCAGAAACAGUCUGGUGGCCAAAGCUUAUAACAAGUUGUCUGUACAGUUCUCCCAAUGGGAAUGGGAAUUUACCAAAGCCGUGCACAGCUGGGUAAAUAAUACUGAGACAUUAAUUAGGAAUCAAUCAGCAGAUACAUUGCAGACAGAAGCAUUAGAGAUGUACACGAAUGAGCUACACGGGGUGCUAAUUGCAGAAGGAAGAAAAAUAUCAGAGUUGUUAGAAACUUUCUUUAAAACUAAUUCUGAACAUGUUCUUAUCAAAAAGUACAAAAAAAGUUUUAUUUCAUGUAUAAAGUAUCUGAAAGACGACCUUGAAAGAAGUGCUACCAGCAGGUGUAUGAAGGCGCUCCAAGCACCGAAUGUAAAGACUCAGAUUCAGUGUCACCAGAAAAGGAUUCAAUCAGAAAUUAUUAAUUUCCUAGAAAUCUGGCAAAAGAGAAACCAACGGCUCGGUGACAGAGAAUUAGAAGAGGAAUUUGAGACCAUGUGGAGAACAUUUAUCUCAGAUUUACAGAUUGAAUCUUUACAGAGACUUGAUAUAAGCCAAUCCAUGCUCCAUCACCUGCACAGGAACAUGAAACACAAAGGACCUGAGAUAGAUGAAAUAUUGCUUGGCCUGAAAGCCUUAGAUGAGUAUGGUGACACGACGUUCCAAAUGCAGAAAAAAUAUAUAGAUUUCUCUUUGUCAUCAUUUACACAAGUCAGGCACUAUAUCAGCCAGGAUUGUCCUGAUAUUGUAUUACAAUUAGCUUUGUCACUAAUAGAGAUUUGUGAUCAGUAUAUUACAAACAAGGUCAGUACAAGUUCUGACUAUGACAACACGUACGGACAGGAAUUGCUACAAAUGGUCGAUAAUAGACUGAGGAAUAAAGGCCGUAAAACAAUUCCAUUUUCCCUCAUAUUUGAGUUAGAUAUUAAAAUUGUCAUUCUUCGUAAAGCAUCUCGGAGGUUUCAGAAGAUGCAUGAUGACUUCAUCCAGGAGAAACAUCCAAACUCCUGCUUGGAAAAGUCAAAAGGUCAAUAUUUUACAAGUUUCCUUAGCAUGUACCAAGUGAAAGACCAAUCCCAACAGAAAGUGAAACAGUUUUGUGACCUUGGCCUGAGGCCAGCUUUAACCGAGUACAUUCACAGACAUCUCGGGAAAGAAAUAGUGGACGAUAUUUUAGGCAGUUCUGACAGUCUCAUAUUUAAUAGUAGAUGUUGUUUCCAAGUUACUGCACUGCAGAGUUUGUUAAAGACAGAGAAAGUCUACAAUUUUAUCGGAUACAUUAAUUCGUAUGAGAUCUUUGCAGAAAGCUGGAUAUUAAGAUACAUCUAUGAUAAAUAUAAGGAAUCUUCCCAGCUAGAAAUGUUACAAACAAAGAUUCUGUCUCAUAUUAUCAAAAAAAUAAAAGAUAUUCUCAGAUGUGAACAAUGUCUGGAAAGUCCCAACAUAGUAAAGUAUUUAGAAAAUAUUUGUGAGAAGUUAAAAUGUGAAUUAGUCAUUCCACAGAGUCAAAUGGACUUGGUCGUUUUUGGAAACCACUCAGAUGUUGCCCAGUUCCGUAGUGAUCUUCAGACUAAUGUAUCAGAAACAGAAAAACAAAUUCUAUCAGAAAUUCAGUGUUUGGGCAUUGAAUCUGUUCUGUACAAGGCUACAUUGAAGCCAGAGCAUGAAUUGCUGAAGAAGGUGAUGGGAUGUGGGAAGCGGUGUCCGUUCUGUAAAGUCCCGUGUGAGGCAGGAGGCUCGGGUCAUACGGAGCACUUCACAUCAAUCCACAGACCUCUAGGACUGGUAGGAUAUAGAAAUGAACAGUCUAACGUCUUAUUGACAAACAUAUGCUGUACUGGCGUUGCUUUGGGCAAGACAUUUAAAAAUGAUGAUACAGGUGGCAAAUUUCACACAUUCAAGGACUACCAUUUAAUAUACCCAGACUGGUCGAUAGAUCCUGACCCCAACACGGAGUCCUCCGAUUACUGGAAAUACAUUUUUGUGAAGUUUAAUGAACAGUUUGCAGAAGAAUAUAAUGCUAAACCAGCUGUCCUGCCAAAGGCAUGGAAACGAAUAGACAGAGAAGAAGCCCUGCAAAGCCUGAAGGAGGUGUUCAAUAAGAAAUAG